AUGAACGGUAAUAAUGGAAUGAGUCGUUCAUCGUCUACUGAUAGUAGUGGUUUCCCAGUGAAGGAUGCUGAUGCUAUCAAACUCUUCGUAGGACAGAUUCCACGUAAUUUGGAAGAAAAAGACUUACGACAUUUGUUUGAAACAUUUGGUAAAAUAUAUGAAUUUACCAUUUUGAAAGAUAAAUACACAGGUCUGCACAAAGGCUGCGCAUUUCUGACUUAUUGCCAUCGAGAUAGUGCUAUCAGAUGUCAGGCUGCUUUGCACGAUCAGAAGACGCUUCCAGGAGUUCGUAUAUUUUAUUUGCAUUAA